UUGGACAGUUUUAAAUCAACAUUUUCUGUUACAAAUUUUUACUUAUCUUUUUCGUUUGAAAUUGGCUUUUGUUGUGGACUACAAUAAAUAUGGCUCAAAAUAUUGAUCCUUAUUACAGUCAACAGUCAGAUAAUAGUAAACAAAAUAACGAGGGUCGAAAUGUAGCCAGCGAAAGCCAUGCAGUUACUAAGAGGUUACAUAAAGAAUUAAUGACACUUAUGAUUUCGACAGAUAAAUCGGUAUCAGCUUUUCCAGAAGGGGAGAACUUGUUCAGAUGGAUUGGUACAAUAACAGGCCCCAGUGACACAGUUUACGAGUCACAGAAAUAUAAAUUGUCGCUACAGUUCCCACAUUCUUACCCUUAUACAGCUCCUACAGUAAAGUUCAUUACCCCUUGUUUUCAUCCUAACAUAGAUUCCAGCGGUAACAUUUGUUUAGAUAUUCUUAAAGAGAAGUGGUCUGCUUUAUAUGAUGUUCGUACAAUUUUACUGUCUAUCCAGUCAUUACUGGGAGAACCUAACAUAGAUAGUCCCCUAAAUGCUUUAGCAGCAGAACUAUGGACCAGACAAGCAGAAUACAAACGGCAUGUAUUAGAAACAUAUAAUCAAUUAUAGUGUUUUGAAUUUUGUUAGGUAUAUAAAUUACGUGCACUUGACAGUAAUGAAAAAUUUAAACAGUUGAUGGAAUGUGCAAGAAACUUUAUUUUGUUCCUUUUUUUACGUUUAUAAGAUGUGUACUUUGAUAUCAGUUUAAAUAAAGACUUUACAUGUUU